AUGGCGGACUCGCUGCUGCAGCACAAGCGGGGUCCCAGCCGCUCCACGUGGCUACGGGCCCGCAAGGCCCGGCCCCAGCUGGUCCUCAGCCGCAGGCCCCGCCGCCGGCUCAGGAACCUGCGCUGGUGCGGCCGGCGGCGCCUGCGGCGGCGGCUGUUGCAGGCCCAGGCGGCUGGCGCGGACUGGAGGGAGGUCGCCUGCCAGGUGUCGCGCACGGAUGAGACCCGGAGGCCCAAGACCGCGGCCCCUAACCCGGCCCCCAGCGCGACCCCGACCCCGGUCUCGGCCUCCUCCCGGCCUUGCCCUGCGCUUCUCCCCAUUCCGCCCGUGCGGGCGGUGGGUCCGGGCCGCGCGUUGCUUCUGUUGCCAGUCCAGCAGGGUUUUACUUUUAGCGGGAUCUGCCGUGUGACUUGCCUCUAUGGCCAGGUGCAGGUGUUUGGUUUUAACAUCAGCCAAGGCCAACCCGCUCAAGAUGUCUUCUCUACCUAUACCCACUCCUACCUGACUAUCAAUGCAGUUCGUUACUCAAUGCCUGAGAAAAGCAAGAAGGAGAUCAAAAGGGAAGCCCGGACUUUGCUCAAAUCUCAUCUUAACCUGGAUGACAGAUGUUGGUCGAUGCAGAAUUUUUCUCCUCUGUGUUCUAUUGUGUUGCUAGAACAUCUGAAAACCUCCACUGUGAAGUUCAUAACCAGCUAUCCAGGUUUAUCCUACAUUUUUACACAAGAGAGUCCAGCUUUCCAGAUUAAUUCUGAAUGUUUGACCUUGAGGUCUGUUGGCAUCAAAAGAGAGAAAAAAAAAAAAGGCCUUCUUUUAUCCAAGAGUGCCCUUUCAACACUGGAAGAGUUAGUCAAUGUUUCUUGUGAAGAAGUAGAUGGCUGCCCUGUCAUUCUAGUUUGUGGAUCUCAGGAUGUUGGAAAGUCAACAUUUAAUAGAUACCUGAUCAACCAGUUGUUAAAUAGUGUUUCCUGUGUUGACUAUCUGGAAUGUGAUCUGGGACAGACAGAAUUUACUCCUCCCGGUUGCAUUUCUUUACUUAAUAUUACAGAACCAAUUCUGGGACCACCUUUCACCCACCAGAGGACACCGCAGAAGAUGGUAUAUUAUGGAAAAACUUCUUGCAAAAACGACUACGAAAAUUACGUUGAGAUAAUAAAAUAUGUGUUCAACUCUUACAAGAGAGAGUCUCCUCUCAUCAUCAACACAAUGGGCUGGGUGUUAGACGAAGGGCUUUUGCUUCUCAUUGACCUGAUCCGAUUGCUGUCUCCCAGCCACGUCGUUCAGUUCAGUUCCGCCCACAGUAAAUACAUGCCAACCCUCACCCCGGGCUAUGUAGAUGACAAGGAUGGCUUGUACACAAAAAGCAAGUCCAAGAUAAGAAAUCAAGGGUUCAAACUUGCAGAAUUUGCAGAGAAUUUGGAAUUUGCUGAUGAAGAAAAAGAGAGUCCAGUUGUGUUUACCGGACAUAAACUAAUGUGCGUUCAUUCGGAGUUUGCAUUCAGAUUAACUGCAAGAAAUAGAGAAUUACAUAACAAAAUUCUUCGAGAUCUGGCCGUGCUAGGUUACCUUGGCCAGCUGCAGCCCCCAGUGCCAAAGCCACUCAGUCCUUUACAUGGUCUGACACCCUAUCAGGUCCCCUUCAAUGCAGUCGCACUCAGGAUUACCCACUCUGACGUCGCCCCUACCCACAUCCUGUAUGCUGUCAAUGCCAGCUGGGUUGCACUUUGCAAGAUCCUGGAUGACGUCAGAGGGUACACGAAUGGGCCGAUCCUGCUUGCCCAGACUCCAAUCUGUGAUUGUUUGGGGUUUGGCAUCUGUAGAGGCAUUGACAUGGAGAAGCGGCUGUACCACAUCCUCACCCCUGUACCCCCGGAAGAGCUAAGAACUGUGAAUUGUCUGCUUGUUGGAGCUGUUUCCGUUCCACACUGUGUCUUCAAGAACCAGCACGGGCUCGAAGGGACAAUACCUUACGUCACAACAGAUUACAAUUUUAAACUUCCUGGAGCGUCAGAGAAAGUUGGAGCAAGAGAAGCUGAGGAAAGACAUAGAGGGAAACUACACCCGAAAGCUAAGCACUAUCGAAAAUAAACUGACGCUGAUGUUCUUACUGAGAGAGGACACUUGUCUACCAGGAAGCUUUGUCUCAAGCCUGACAACAAGAGACUUGAAGGGGUUUUGUGGCUGUGAAUGGAGCUCUUGUGUAGCAAGAGUGCUCAGUGUGACUUGUGUGAUAGUUUUAAGUUUCUCUUUUAAAGCUACAUGAGCUAGAA